AUGGCCUACCAAGCUCGCCCUCCGCCUCACUAUGGUCCUUCUCCUGGACCGCAGUACGGUAGCGGUCCUCCUCCGCAACAGUACCAAGACCACUACCAACACCAACACCCACCUCCAGAUAGACGACUGCCUUAUGGCCCUGGAGGAGACCGUCCGAUGAACUACGAUGAUGGCUACCGGACCAACGGGCAGGUCCCUUAUGGUCGAGGUGGUCGUGGGAUGUACGACGGCGGCUAUCCUCCUCAGAACAGGCCUCCUCGAGGUCCUCCCCCAACGCCCCAGGGCUACAGAGAGCUCAAGAGCUCGUUCGACAAUCCGUUUCCCUCGUUCCCACCUAGAAAGCGUGUAAACUCGAUGGAUCUCGGGUUGGAGAAGAAGAUGGGUGCGUUGGAGCUCGGCCAGAACCAAAAACACCGUGGAGCACCACCAAUCCUACGGCCGCAUACGUCAAACUCCAACCGCCCACCUCCAUCAACAUAUCACUCAGAACCGCUUCCAACAUUGAAUCCUCGCCGGGUGCCAAGUGAAAGUCCACCUCCGCUCAAUGUUGAAACGCACCAUGCCGCCCAUCCCCAGCAAGAUCCUCGAGCAGCACCGCCUUCUCGAAGUGCAACCAUGCCUGUCAACAUGUCCGCUGGAGGUCCGAAACCUCUAUACCCCGGGCAGCGCGCCUGGCAAGACCCUGGUCUAAGCCCCCCGCCUCUUAGCCCAGCUCUACGCCCCGACACACACCCGGUUUCAUCUCGGCCAGGAACUGCUGUUGGUGUAAAACCGGAGCUAGUCCACCCGAAGCACGCCGACCUGGAGCCACAAGUUGCUGACAAAGUCGAGGCAGAAGACGAGCUGAGCUACUUAAACGAGGACCUACUCAACGACUACUAUGACAACACCGAGCCAAACGAGCCCGACAUGCCAAAUUUUGGUGCCAUGUCUGACGAGAAUGUCGGAUCGCCCCAUGCGGAAACGCUGAUUCCGUUCGAUAAGCCAAAGCAAGAUCCAGGAUCCAUCUCGGGGCAAAAGCCUGCCUACGCUCCAUAUAAGCCCUCGGGAGGCAUAGCGCCUAUGCAGUCCCCCCCAGAAAGGCAGGGCCCUACAAAUGGCUACGGGAACCCUCUGAUGGACGAAUAUGCUCCCUCGCCAGCGUAUGCUCACAGAGGCUAUGGUCAACAUCAGCACCAUCCUAACAAUGCGUAUUUCGGCGAACAGGGUGGCCGACCAAUGACUCCAGCACAACACGGCGGGCAAGGAAGCAGAGGCGGGUACCCUGCCCAACAGUAUCAUCAGUACGGGCCUCCUCCGCCUGAAAACGGCGGUAGAGGUCAGUAUGAUAGCGGACGGCCGUACCCGCCUCAGGAUAUGAACUAUGGAGGACCGGUUGAAGACCAAUACAGCGGCUACCAGGGGCCUGAUUCCCACCAACACCACCCUCCUCCCGCUCCCUUCCGGCCCGGCCUUGAUCAAGGGCCAAAGCCGGCUCCUGUAAGAAAUUAUACCAGUACUCCGCAGCCGGCACCCACUCCUCAGCCUAAUCAAGCUUCCCCUUCAUCCUACGGUGGUGAAACUCGCCGAUCUUCCCAGCCGAUAACCAUUGGCGAAUUACAUAUAAUUCAACAGACUGCUCGAAGCAACCCUGCAGACCAUGCCAAGCAGCUGGUCCUAGCCAAGAAGUUGGUCGAGGCCUCUAUCCACCUCGUAGACGACAACGGACGAGCAGAUGCAAAGACCAAGUCUAAAAACAGGGAACGGUACGUUAUGGAGGCCUAUAAAAUCACUAAAAAGCUUGUUGGCGCGGGAUAUCCUCCAGGAAUGUUCUACAUGGCGGACUGCUACGGCUCCGGACAGCUUGGACUGGAAAUUAACCCGAAAGAGGCAUUCAGCUUGUACCAGUCAGCCGCCAAAAUGGGCCAUGCUGAAUCUGCCUAUCGAGUUGCUGUAUGCUGUGAAAUGGGCCAAGAAGGCGGCGGAGGCACUCGGCGUGAUCCGCUGAAAUCAGUACAAUGGUAUAGACGUGCCGCUGCCCUAGGUGACCCUCCGGCCAUGUAUAAGAUGGGCAUGAUCCUCCUAAAGGGCUUGCUGGGCCAGCCUAAAAACCCACGAGAAGCUUUAUCCUGGUUGAAACGCGCUGCUGAGCGCGCAGAUGAGGAAAACCCUCAUGCGCUACAUGAAUUGGCCUUGCUGUACGAAAACCCUCAAGGCAUCGACUCUAUCAUUCGAGAUGAAAAUUAUGCCCGAGAACUGCUUCAUCAAGCAGGUGAACUGGGCUAUAAGUUCUCCCAACACCGCCUUGGUGCCGCAUACGAGUAUGGCCUGGUAGGAUGUCCGGUUGAUGCGCGGCAGAGUAUCUACUGGUAUACCCAAGCUGCUGCACAGGGCGAGCAUCAAAGUGAACUAUCUCUCAGCGGAUGGUAUUUGACCGGUGCAGAGGGCAUCUUGCAACAAAGCGACACGGAAGCAUAUCUUUGGGCCCGCAAAGCUGCCAUGGCCGGAUUAGCCAAGGCGGAAUACGCAAUGGGCUAUUUCACUGAGGUUGGUAUCGGUGUUCCUACUAAUCUAGAUGACGCAAAGAGAUGGUACUGGAAAGCAUCCUCUCAAAAUUUCUUGAAAGCUCGCGAACGGUUGGAAGACCUUCGUCGAGGCGGUGCGAGAAUGCAAAAGACCCGCGUUUCUAGAUCUGCCGUCAACAAAAACGAAGGUGAUUGCAUUGUAAUGUAA